AUGCGGGUAGCCAAGGAGUUGCCCGACGGUGCCUACGUGAACCUCGGCAUUGGCAUCCCCACGUUAGUCUCCAGCUUCCUGCCCGAAGGGCGGACCGUUUUCUACCACAGUGAGAGCGGCAUCCUGAAUUGCGGUCCGCUGGCCGAGGAAGGCAACGAGGACAUCGACCUGAUUAACGCUGGAGGCCAGUUUCUGGAAUCAGUGCAGGGAAUGUCGUUCUUCGAUUCGUCGCAUGCCUUCGCCAUGAUCCGCGGCGGUCAUGUUGACGUCACAGUCUUGGGCUCCCACCAGGUCUCAGCCAAUGGGGAUCUGGCUAACUGGAUGCUGCCCCAACGCGGCGUGGGCAACGUCGGAGGCGCCAUGGACCUCGCCGCCGGCGCCAGUGGAGUUAUCGUGGCUAUGGAGCACACCGACCGCCAGAAUAACCCAAAGAUCGUAGAGAAAUGCACUUUCCCUGUAACCGGCCAGGGGUGCGUUUACCUGAUAGUCACCGACCUCGCCGUAAUCGAGCGCACUCAGGACGGCUUAGUCCUGCGGGAAGUCGCACCCGGCUGGACUACCGAGGAAGUACAGGCCCUCACCGGCGCCACGCUCAUCAUCACCGACGACGUCAAAGAGUUCGAGCUCUAG